AUGGCCCUGGUGCUGCAGCUCCGCUCCGUCUCCGGCCUCCGCGGCAAAGGCGACCGCAUCGCCAAGGCGGCGUUCCGGGGACUUUCCUUCUACACCCGAGUGCUGGAAAACUGCGAGGACGAGGCCAAGUUUGACGAGACUUUCCGCUGGCCGGUGGCGACCAACAUCGACGGGAAUGAGAUCCUGGAGAUCCAAGUGUUCAACUACAGCAAAGUCUUCACCAACAGGCUCAUCGGGACGUUCCGGAUGGUCCUGCAGAAGGUGGUGGCGGAAGGGCAGCUGGAGGUGACGGACACGCUCAUUGAUGACAACAAUUCCACCAUCCAGACCAGUAUCUCCAUAGAGAUCCGCUACCAGGCUCUGGAUGGGACGGUGGGCACCUGGAAUGACAAGGAAUUCCUGGAGACUCCCAGCGUGCACUCGGAGGGGGAUGGGAGGUAUUCCUUGGAGACCGACAGCCUCCUGUCCAGCCACCGGCACGGCUCCGAUGUCUCUCCUGGGAAAUCCAACCAGCAAUCCACGGAGAAGAGCUUCAGGAGGAUGGAAGAGGACGAGCUGUAUUUCCACAGCGAGGAUGAGCUCCUGGGAGAGGGGGAUUCCCUGAGCCAGGGGUCCCAGGACACGAGCCUUGGAGAUGAAGCGGAAGAAGAUCAGCAUUCCAGGAUUAAGUUUAACGGUGGAUACAAGACAGUGGCAAGUGAGGACCCAGAAGAUCCUAGAGCCAAGGCCAAAGGGAAAGAGAAAAAACAGCUGGUGUUGCCGUUCAGCAAAGGCAAGGAGAAGACCAAGGAACACAAAGCUGGAAAAGGAGUUUUUUCAGCCAUGAAGCUUGGAAAGACACGUCCAUCCAAGGAUGAGCAUCGGAAACAAGACGAUCCGGCUGUUCUGGAAACAGAAGACCUGGAUAGAAAGGCCAUGAGAUACGGAGCAGGCCUGGAGCCAGACACCAUCUCCCUGGCCUCUGUCACCGCUGUCACCACCAAUGUCUCCAACAAAAGGUCCAAGCCCGACAUCAGGAUGGAGCCGAGUGCUGGGAGGCCCAUGGAUUACCAGGUCAGCAUCACCAUCAUCGAGGCCCGGCAGCUGGUGGGGCUCAACAUGGACCCCGUGGUGUGCGUGGAGGUGGGGGAGGAGAAGAAAUACACCUCCAUGAAGGAAUCCACCAAUUGUCCUUACUACAAUGAGUAUUUUGUCUUCGAUUUCCACGUCCCCCCCGAUGUCAUGUUCGACAAGAUCAUCAAGCUCUCCGUGAUCCACUCCAAAAACCUCCUGAGGAGCGGGACAUUGGUGGGGUCCUUCAAGAUGGAUGUUGGGACCGUUUAUACCCAGCCUGAGCACCAGUUCUACCACAAAUGGGCCAUCCUGUCUGACCCUGAGGACCUCACGGCCGGCCUCAAGGGCUACCUCAAGUGUGACAUCGCCGUGGUGGGCAAAGGGGACAACAUCAAGACCCCGCACAAGGCCAACGAGACGGAGGAGGAUGACAUCGAAGGGAACCUCCUGCUCCCCGACGGGGUCCCCCCGGAGCGGCAGUGGGCUCGGUUCUACAUCAAGAUCUACCGCGCCGAGGGGCUGCCGCGCAUGAACACCAGCAUCAUGGCCAACGUCAAGAAAGCGCUCAUCGGGGAGAACAAGGACCUGGUGGACCCCUAUGUGCAGGUGGCCUUCGCGGGGCAGAAGGGAAAGACAUCCAUACAGAAGAGCAGCUAUGAGCCCCUCUGGAACGAGCAAAUCAUUUUCACAGAGAUGUUUCCGCCGCUGUGCAAGCGGAUCAAGAUCCAGAUCCGGGACUCGGACAAGGUCAACGACGUGGCCAUCGGGACCCAUUUCAUCGACCUGAGGAAGGUCUCCAACGAAGGGGACAAAGGUUUCCUGCCCACCUUUGGACCCGCCUGGGUGAACAUGUACGGCUCCACGCGGAACUACACCCUCAUGGACGAGCACCAGGAGCUCAACGAGGGCCUGGGCGAGGGUGUCUCCUUCCGCGCCCGGCUCCUGCUGGGCCUGGCCGUGGAGAUCCUGGACACCACCAACCCCGAGAUCAACAGCUCCACUGAGGUGCAGGUGGAGCAGGCCACGGCGGUGGCUGAUAACUGCAGCGGGAAGAUGGAGGAAUUCUUCCUCUUCGGAGCCUUCCUGGAGGCCACCAUGAUCGACAGGAAGAUUGGGGACAAACCCAUUAACUUCGAGGUCACCAUAGGUAACUAUGGCAACCAGGUGGAUGGCUCCAGCAAACCCCUCCUGAGGAGGAAGAAAGAGGGAGGGGAUGGGGAUGAGGAGGAGUCGGAGCUGCUCCAGAAUUCCAGUGAUGAUGAAGGUGGUGAGGAGGGAGAGCUGGUUUCCGUUUCUUCAUCCCAGCCCAUGAAGCCCCUGGUCACAGACAGGAAUUACUUCCACCUGCCCUACCUGGAGAAGAAGCCCUGUAUCUACAUCCGGAGCUGGUGGCAGGACCAGCGGCGCCGGCUCUACAACGCCAACAUCAUGGACAAGAUCGCAGACAAGCUGGAGGAGGGACUCAACGACGUUCAGGAGAUGAUCAAGACGGAGAAGCCGCACCCGGAGCGCCGGCUCCGAGGGGUCCUGGAGGAGCUCAGCAGCGGCUGCCUGCGCUUCCUGACCUUGGCUGACAAGGACCAGCACCACUCGUCCCGCACCAGGCUGGACCGGGAGAGGCUCAAGUCCUGCAUGAGGGAGCUGGAGAACAUGGCCCAGCAGGCCACGGCCCUGCGCUCCCAGGUCAAGAGGAACACCAUGAAGGACAAGCUGAAGCUGGUGCAGAACUUCCUGCAGAAGCUGCGGUUCCUGGCAGACGAGCCCCAGCACACGAUUCCCGACGUUUUCAUCUGGAUGAUGAGCAACAACAAGCGCAUCGCCUAUGCCCGCAUCCCUUCCAAGGACAUCCUGUACUCCAUCGUGGACGAGGAGAUGGGCAAGGACUGCGCCAAAGUGAAGACGGUUUUCCUCAAGCUCCCCGGGAAGAGGGGCUUCGGCCCUGCUGGCUGGACAGUCCAGGCCAAGAUGGAGAUCUACCUGUGGCUGGGCCUCAACAAGCAGCGCAAGGACUUCCUGAGCGGCCUCCCCUGUGGGUUCGAGGAGAAGAAAACCCCCCGAGGACAAAACCUGCCCUCCUUCCCACCCAUCAGCCUCCUGUACACCAAGAAACAGGUGUUCCAGCUGCGAGCCCACAUGUACCAAGCCAGGAGUUUGUUUGCAGCCGACAGCAGCGGCCUCUCGGACCCCUUCGCACGGGUCUUCUUCAUCUCCCAGAGCCAGUGCACCGAGGUUCUCAACGAGACCCUGUGCCCAACCUGGGACCAGCUCCUGGUGUUCGACAACGUGGAGCUGUACGGGGAAGCUCACGAGAUGAGGGAUGACCCCCCCAUCAUCGUCAUCGAGAUCUAUGACCAGGACACUGUGGGAAAAGCCGACUUCAUGGGCAGGACAUUUGCCAAGCCGGUGGUGAAGAUGUCAGAUGAGGAGUACUGCCCUCCGCGCUUCCCGCCACAGCUGGAAUAUUACCAGAUCUACCGCGGCAACGCCACAGCCGGGGACCUGCUGGCUGCCUUCGAGCUGCUCCAGAUUGGCCCUGGGGGUAAAUCAGACCUACCCCCCAUCGACGGCCCCACGGACAUGGACCGAGGUCCCAUCCUGCCAGUGCCUCUGGGAAUUCGGCCGGUGCUGAGCAGAUACAGAGUGGAGAUCUUGUUCUGGGGGCUCAGGGACCUGAAGAGAGUGAACCUGGCCCAGGUGGACCGGCCCCGUGUGGACAUUGAGUGUGCCGGGAAGGGCGUCCAGUCUGCCCUGAUCCAGAACUACAAGAAAAACCCCAACUUCAGCACUUUGGUCAAGUGGUUCGAGGUGGACCUCCCGGAGAACGAGCUGCUGCACCCGCCCCUGAACAUCCGCGUGGUGGACUGCCGCGCCUUCGGGCGCUACACCCUGGUGGGCUCCCACACCGUCAGCUCCCUCCGCAAGUUCAUCUACCGCCCGCCCGACAAGCAAGCCCAGCACUGGAACAUGGCAGCCAAACACCUCAACGGCUACCUGGCCAUGACCAGCAGGGCCCAUCGCUCUCGCCCCACAGGGGAGAUCGUGGUCAACAUGGAACCCGAGGUCCCCAUCAAGAAGAUGGACACGAUGGUGAAGCUGGAAGCUAAUUCCGAUGCAGUGGUGAAGGUGGAUGUGACUGAGGAAGAGAAGGAGAAGAAGAAGAAGAAGAAGAAAGGAGGAGGAGGAGGAGGAGGAGGUGGGGAGGAAGUGGAGGAGGAGGAGCCGGAUGAGAGCAUGUUGGACUGGUGGUCCAAGUACUUCGCUUCCAUUGAGACGAUGAAGGAGCAACUCCGGCAGCAGGAAGCGGCUGCGGCAGAAGCAGAGGAGAAGGAGGAGAUGGAGAUUGGAGAGGGUAAGAGUGAUGCCAAACUUGGUGACUCUCCCCUGAAAGGCUCCAAGGCCCAGGUGAAGAACAAGGACAAGGACAAAGACAAGUCCAAAGUGCCCAAAGAUGACAAGAAAAAGAAGCAGCAGCCUGCCCCUGAGCUCCCUGAGAAGAAAAACAAGCAGAAGAUUGAUGAACUCAAGGUCUUCAACAAAGAGCUGGAAUCAGAAUUUGACAACUUUGAGGACUGGCUGCACACCUUCAACCUGCUCCGGGGGAAGAUUGGGGACAAUGAUGACAACGCCACAGAGGAGGAGCGUAUAGUGGGGAGGUUCAAGGGCUCCAUGUGCGUCUACAAAGUGCCGCUCCCUGAUGACAUCAGCAAGGAGGCAGGAUAUGACCCCACCUUCGGGAUGUUCCAGGGGAUCCCCAGCAAUGACCCCAUCAACGUGCUGGUCCGGGUCUACAUCGUCAGGGCCACGGACCUCCACCCGGCUGACAUCAACGGGAAAGCUGAUCCCUACAUCGCCAUCAAGCUGGGCAAGACGGACAUCAAGGACAAGGAGAACUACAUCUCCAAGCAGCUGAACCCUGUUUUUGGGAAAUCCUUCGACAUCGAGGCCACCUUCCCCAUGGAGUCCAUGCUGACCGUGGCUGUGUAUGACUGGGAUUUGGUGGGCACUGACGACCUCAUUGGGGAGACCAAGAUCGACCUGGAGAAUCGCUUCUACAGCAAGCACCGGGCGACCUGCGGCGUGUCCCAGACCUACUCCAUCCAUGGGUACAACACCUGGCGUGACCCCAUGAAGCCCUCCCAAAUCCUGUCCAAGCUGUGCAAAGAGGGAAAAGUGGAUGGGCCGCACUUCGGGCCAGGGGGAAGAGUGAAAGUUGCCAACAGGGUCUUCACCGGCCCCACGGAGAUCGAGGAUGAAAAUGGCCAGAAGAAGCCGACGGACGAGCACCUGGCACUGGCGGUGCUGCGGCACUGGGAGGACAUCCCGCGGGCCGGCUGCCGCCUCGUCCCCGAGCACGUGGAGACGCGGCCGCUGCUCAACCCUGACAAGCCGGGCAUCGAGCAGGGCCGCCUGGAGAUGUGGGUGGACAUGUUCCCCAUGGAUAUGCCAGCGCCUGGCCCUGCCAUCGAUAUUUCUCCAAGGAAACCAAAGAAGUACGAGCUCAGGGUCAUCGUGUGGAACACCGACGAGGUCAUCCUGGAGGACGACGACUACUUCACCGGGGAGAAAUCCAGUGACAUUUUUGUCAGGGGGUGGCUGAAGGGGCAGCAGGAGGACAAGCAGGACACAGAUGUCCAUUACCACUCCCUCACUGGUGAAGGCAACUUCAACUGGCGCUACAUCUUCCCCUUCGACUACCUGAUGGCCGAGGAGAAGAUCGUCAUCUCCAAGAAGGAGUCCAUGUUCUCCUGGGAUGAGACCGAGUACAAGAUCCCGGCCCGCCUCACCCUGCAGGUCUGGGAUGCCGACCACUUCUCAGCCGAUGAUUUCCUGGGGGCCAUCGAGCUGGACCUGAACCGCUUCCCCCGGGGAGCCAAGACGUCCAAGCAGUGCAGCCUGGAGAUGGUGACCAAUGAGGCUGAGCUGCCCAUGAUCUCCAUCUUCAAGCAGAAGCGGGUCAAGGGCUGGUGGCCGUUCGUGGCCAGAGAUGAGAAUGAUGAGCUGGAGAUCACUGGCAAAGUUGAGGCUGAGCUGCACCUUCUGACAGCAGAGGAGGCUGAGAAAUCCCCUGCUGGGCUGGCUCGGAAUGAGCCUGAUCCCCUGGAGAAACCCAACCGCCCGGACACGUCAUUCAUCUGGUUCCUGAACCCGCUCAAGUCCAUCAAAUACCUCAUCUGCACCCGCUACAAGUGGCUCAUCAUCAAGAUCGUGCUGGCCCUGCUGCUCCUCAUCAUGGUGGCCCUGUUCCUCUACAGCAUGCCCGGAUACAUGGUCAAGAAGCUGCUGGGAGCAUGAAGGGCUGGAACCUCUCCCGUGUCCCCAGCCCCAGGCACAACCUUCCCAGCUCCGUGUCCUUCUCCUCCCUGUGACCUCUGGGCAGCCCUGGGGGCAUCUCCUCCCUGCUGCUGCUGCUGCUGGGUCUCCUCUUUGCAUUCCUUCUCUGUGGGUCCCACUCAGUGCCAGGGAAAUGGGGCAGGAGCAUGGCAAAGAUCCCCAGACUCUGCAUCCCGCACCGGGGCUGGGAGAGGC